CUCAGUUCGUGGUCGGCCAACCAUUUCAAGAUUAAGCAGCUUGAGAUCAAGAAGCUGUAUAAGUUGUUACAAUGGCGUUGUCAAGGGAGUUAUUAAAGCGAUUAAACUCGGAUGACUAUCCUUUAGCGAAGCGAUUAAAAUUAGCGGAAACUGCGUUUUGUAAAGUCGAUCUGUCGCUUAUUCGAAAAGAGGACUUGCUUCUAGAAUGGCUAUGUAAAACUUGUGCCACGAAUCAACACGCUUGGAAAGCUUUGAAUAAUUGUUUGAAAUUUAAUAUUAUCAAUAUUAGAGCAGAUAUAAAACAAUGUUUAGUCGAUAUGCUUGUACAAACAUUAAAAACCGAUAUGAAAAACAUGUAUGAGGAGGUCCUUGAAUGCUGCAGUUUAAUUUUUGUUAAUAAUAGCAUGCGACAAUAUUUUAUAACCAAACCAAAGAUUCUAGGCUUAUUGAUGAGAGCUGUGUUAAAUAAUGUGUUGAAACGUUCUAGCUGUGACAAUAUAAUGCAAAAGAAGGUAAAUCAACUGUUUGAGCCAUAUAAAUUGUCAUCUGCAGAAAAUAAUGCUGUAAUAACCAUUGUCGAAAGUCUGAUGCAAAUGUAUAAACAGCUGAUUACUAUGAGAGAUGAUCUGAGAUUAAUUUUUAUACAAGAUAUUUUAUAUCCUAUGUGUAUUUUAGUUGAUUACACACAUAGAGAUAAUAUGAAUCGACUUAGCAUAGCAGCAUACAAGUGUAUUCAACAAUUGUUGCUAGGAAAAAAUAGAUCUAUACAAAAUAAACAGUCUGAAGAAAGUCAUCGAUCAAUGUUUUCAGACUUAUUUUGCAUGUUAUCUGAAAAUGUGAAGAUAUCAAGUCUUCGGAGUAAUCUUUUAACUUACCAGUUUAUUUUCCAUACCAUAAUAAGUACUUAUAAAUCAGAUACUUUGUUGGAUAUGUUUUUCAGAAAUUUAAUUAACUCUUCGGGAAAGUGUAAAUGGGAAAUUUUGGAUUCUUUCCUCAAACUACUGAAUGACAUAACACUCGACUUCGACAAUACCAUAGAUGGAAUUACAUUGACCGAGUAUUUUCAGAAUUUUAUAAGUGAGAUUUUGAUGAACGAUGAUGUAACGUGUGUGCAUUAUAGAGUACUUAUACAACUUUCAUAUAUCAAUCCACUUUUGAUAGAAAAAAAUAUUUCGGAUAUUGUAAAUAAGAUACUUAUGAAAGAACAAACUGUUGAUCGUACAAACUUGUUAAUUGCAAUUUUAUAUACCAGCACAAAAUUAAGACGGGAGCAAAAAUUUAUCUCGCAAUUAUUAAUAUCAUUAAAGCAAUAUGCUACGACAAAAGAGACAUAUAAAGUAAAUACAUCUGCUUUUUUCCCAAGUGAAUUUAAAAUCCAACUGAUAAAAACGAUUAGUAAUUUUUCGAAUUCACAAACUACUGCGACUCUAAAAACAUUGAUAUAUUAUUUAAAUACAGAUU